AUGGAUGCUUCAAAUAAUUAUAUUGGAAAGAAUUCUUAUAAAAAAGGUUAUAAUAGGAGAGCAGACAUUUUAAAUGAGGACUAUUAUGCGAAAAAUGUGAAAAAGCGCAAAUUAAAGGCGGCCAAAAAAAUAAUUAGCUUCGUUUUGUUUCUUUUCAUUAGUAGAGAUGAACAAGAUGGAGAGGUAACAAAAAAGACGAAAAGCAAGCUUAAAGAAUAUUAUGAAAUGCGUUUUGAUAAAAAAGUAAUAAACCUACCGUUCAGUACAGACUCUAUAAAUGUUCAACAAAGAGGAUUUCAUGAUUAUAGCAAAGAUAUGAAAUUAAAGAAAAAUCAUAUGAACAAACCACUAUGGAUAUGUUCAGAUGGUUUUAUAUAUUUAGAAAUGUUUAAUAGUUGCAGUAAACAGGCAUCCGAUUUUCUUAUAACGAUAGCUGAACCUAUAUGUCGACCUGAAUUAAUUCACGAAUUUCAGUUGACUAUCUUUUCUUUAUAUGCAGCUAUAUCUGUAGGAAUUACGCUUGAUGAAUUGUUAAUAAAUUUAGAUAAAUUUUCCAAGAAUAUUUUACCAAAUGAAUUAGUUCAUAAUAUUACAAAAAGUGCUGAAUCAUUUGGUAAAGCGAAAUUGGUACUAAGAGAAAAUAAGUAUUAUAUUGAGGCUACAGAUAAAGCAGAACUAGAUUAUUUAUUAAAUAAUAAUAUUAUUAAGAAUGCGAGAAUUUAUUCAAAUAAUAAUAGUAACAAUAAUAAUGGUUCUAAUAAUAAUGAUCAAAAAAUGAAAAAUCUAUUUAACUUAAAUAAUAACUUUUUAGAAAAUAAGCAGAGUAGUGAGAACAACGAAGCUAAUACUGCGAACAAUUUUUUAAGCGAUAUUGUUGAGGAAAAAAAGCAGAAAGAUUCUUAUGUUACUUAUGAAGCCCCUGUAUUGGACACCACUCAGCUCGGAUUUAAAAUAAGCGAGAGUGAGAAGCAGCUAAUACUAGAAGAGAAAAGAAAUGCCAACGAAAACACAACUGAGCAUCCAGGUAAUUCAUCGGAAGUUUAUUCCUUUGAAGUGAAUUGUGAUAAAAUUGAAGAAGUCAAGCAAGAAGCAUUACAAACAAUGCAAAGGCCUUUACUAAUGGAAUACGAUUUUCGAAGGGAUAAGAAGAAUCCUAAUUUAAUUUGUUCUUUAAAAAGUCAUGUACAGAUAAGAUAUUAUCAAGAAAAAGCAUUGAGAAAAAUGUUUAGCAAUGGAAGAAGUAGAUCAGGUAUAAUAGUUUUACCUUGUGGUGUAGGUAAAACGUUAACAGGAAUUACAGCAGCUAGUACGAUAAAAAAAUCUUCGUUAUUCUUAACAACGUCAGCAGUAGCUGUUGAGCAAUGGAAAAAACAAUUUGAAGAUUUUACAAAUAUUCACCCAAGACAUAUAAGAAUUUUAACAUCAGAUUAUAAAUUUGAUUUAUGGCCUAUCAACGAAGCAGGUGUAUUAAUUUCAACGUACACUAUGCUAUCAUAUUCAGGUAAAAGAAGUGAGCAAAGUUUAAAAAUAGUUAAUGAUAUAAAAAGAAGGGAAUGGGGUCUAUUAGUAUUUGAUGAAGUACAAUUUGCACCUGCACCAUCUUUUAGAAGAAUAAAUGACAUUGUAAAAUCGCAUUGUAAGCUUGGCUUAACAGCAACGUUAGUAAGAGAAGAUUUAUUAAUUAGAGAUUUGCAAUGGAUCAUUGGACCUAAAUUAUAUGAAGCGAAUUGGGUAGAAUUACAAAAUAAAGGAUUUUUAGCUAAAGCGUUGUGUAAAGAAAUAUGGUGUAGUAUGCCAAGUUCCUUUUAUAAAUAUUAUUUGAAAUCAAACAGUUUUAUUAAAAGAAGGUUAUAUACAUGUAACCCUAGGAAACUUAUGAUGUGUGAAUAUUUAAUUAAAUAUCAUGAACAAAAUAAUGAUAAAAUUAUUGUAUUUAGUGAUAAUAUUUUUGCUUUAUUACAUAUUGCCAAAACGUUAAAUAAACCAUUUAUAUAUGGCAAACUUUCUCCUAUUGAAAGAAUUGCAAUAAUAAAUAAAUUUAAAAACGACUCUUCUAUUAAUACAAUUUUGUUAAGUAAAGUUGGGGAUAAUGCAAUCGAUAUACCUAUCGCAAAUGUUGUGAUUCAAAUUUCUUUUAAUUUUGCUUCCAGAAGACAAGAGGCACAGAGAUUAGGAAGAAUUAUUCGACCUAAAAAUAAAGCCAAUGAAAAAAAAAAUAUCAAUGAUCCCGAUUCUUUUUUUUAUAGCCUUGUUAGCAAAGAUACCAUAGAAAUGUGUUAUUCAGAUAAAAGACAAAGGUUUCUGAUAAAUCAAGGGUAUGCUUAUAAUGUCCUUAGUGAUAAUAUUGUUGAUUUUAAUAAAUUAAAUUUAGUUUAUAAGAAUAAGAAAAUACAAGAAAAUUUACUCAAGUGCAUUUUAGCUAGCACCGAUGACGGAAAUAAUGAUGAAGAUGAUGAUUUAUUUGAGGACCCAAAUUUUAAAAGAGAUAACUCCAAAACAAAUAAGACUAAUGUAAAUGCUUCGUUAAGUAAGGCGGAUGAACCUUUGAAAAAAGUGGACAGUGGAAGCUUGCUAAAAUUAUCUUCCAAUAUAGAUGUUAUAUUUAGUGAUAAAAAAAAAACUACGCAAAAGAAGCAUGCGGAUAAGCAUAUUCUCUUUAGGAAGUUUUUAAAUCAGAAUCGCUAA